AUUUUCUCAUAUUCUGUAAUUACAAUAUUCCUGCGUUCACUUAAAAAGUAAACAGAGAAAAUAAAAAACUUUUCUUUAAUUUCUUUACAUCAAAAGAUUCUAAAGCGUUUAACUAUCUCCCAAGGUCGAGGGUAAGUAUUGAAAAGCUUCAGCAAGGAAUUAACUGUUCUCUCCUUCUUCAAUGGAACAACAGUUAACAUUCGUAUUGCUUGAUAGCCCAAAAGGCGCGAAGAAUGUGGAAACCCUAGACGACGCUUCUUCUUCAUCCUCUGUCUCCUCCUCCACUGAUCGACGUCAUCGAGCCUUCGUCAAGUUCUUCGUUUACUUCUCCUUAGUCGCUCUCGCUUACUAUUUCAUCAUCUCCACUUUCGCCGUCUCUCCAAUUCCCCCAACUUUGCCCAAAACUUCUUCCGGAAACGUUUCAUCAGCAGCAAAGUGUGAUCUUUUCACUGGAGAUUGGGUGCCGGAUCCAUCUGGUCCUCUGUACACCAAUAUCUCUUGCCAUCACAUUCAAGAUUUUCAGAAUUGUCUAUUGAAUGGACGGCCAGAUGUGAAUUAUCUCUUCUGGAGAUGGAAACCUCGUGAUUGUGAUCUUCCUCGGUUCAGUGCAUCGCAGUUUCUCGAUUCUGUGAAGAACAAAUGGUGGGCUUUCAUCGGUGAUUCCAUCGCUCGUAACCAUGUCCAGUCUCUCAUCUGCAUUCUCUCUCAGGUCGAAGAAGUGGAGGAAGUCUAUCACGAUAAGGAGUUCAGAUCCAAGAUAUGGAGAUUCCCUUCUCACAACUUCACGCUAUCAGUCAUUUGGUCUCCUUUCCUUCUCAAAUCCGAAACAUCGGGCAACUCGGAUAUCCAGCUUUACCUUGACCAGCUCGACCACAAAUGGACCGCCCAAUACCCGAAAUUUGAUUAUGUCGUUAUCUCUGGAGGCAAAUGGUUCCUGAAAACCACAAUAUUCCAUGAGAACAACAAUAUCACAGGCUGCCAUUACUGCCAAGGCAGAAACAACCUAACCGACCUCGGUUAUGAUUACUCCUACCGCAAAACCCUUAACCUUCUCCGUGACUUUGUAAGAAACUCAAACCACAAACCGCUUGUUCUGUUCCGAACUACAACGCCUGACCAUUUCGAAAACGGAGAGUGGAACACUGGUGGGUAUUGCAAUAGAUCGAUGCCGUUUAAGGAAGGUGAGGCUAAAAUGAAAACGGUUGAUGAUGUGAUGCGUGAUGUUGAGCUUGAGGUGUUUCAGAAAUUAGGGAAAAGUUUCGGGUUAGGUUCCAACAUUAGACUACUAGACACGACUGGAAUGUCUCUUCUCCGUCCAGAUGGGCAUCCCGGACCGUACCGGCAUCCAAAUCCGUUUGCUGGAGUCAAGGAUACGAGCCAUGUUCAGAAUGAUUGUCUGCAUUGGUGCUUACCUGGUCCAAUUGAUUCAUGGAAUGAUGUGAUGGUGGAAACCACCCUUAACCGGGAACGGGAGCUAUCCGAUUUUUUAGUCGGUUAAAGUACCACGAUGUUGCUUGCUUGUAUGUAGGCUUGUAGCUAGUUACGUUCUACUUAAUAUAGCCAUUCGUUUUCCCACUUGUUUUAGUGUAUAUGAAAUUUGUAAUGGUUCUAUACUCCAAUACAAACAAAAUAAACGAUGCAGAUUUUUCACA